AUGGCCAUGCAAGCACAGAAGAUGAGGUGUGCUUGGGGCAGGCUUUGCCUGCUUCUUUCCCUCCUCCAGCUGCCGGGCUCCCAGGCCAAGUGCUACUUCCAGGCUAAAGCUCCCUGUGAAUACGAAGGGAAACAGUUCUCCAUUGGGGAAUCGUGGCUGAGCACCAACUGCCUGCUCUGCACCUGCCUGCACCCCAUCGGCGUGGGCUGCUGUGAGACCACCCAGCACCCGAUCGACUUCCCUGACUGGUGCGAGGCCCACUACGACUCACAGACCUGCCAGAUCUCGGUAGUGCAGAAGGCCAACCCCAGCCUGCCGUGCGUGAAGAGCGUGGAGCACGAGUGGGGCUCGGCCAGCACCCCCGAGCCGCUGGUGAACAAGCUGCUGGGUGCGGGGCUCAGCAGAUAG